ACUGUAUCCAGCAAUCAUUGUCAUCCACGGCUACUGAAAUGGGAAAAAGAAAAGAAGUACAUGCGACUAGCCUUGGCGCAAGAAGGGUGCCUGAGUCACCACAGGGUACCAGCAACAGACGGGAAUAUGUUGCAAAGUACUCCCAUGUACUCCCACAUGACCCUUCCUCACGCUAGGUUGCAGUUGACUUGUCCAUACCCAUGUAACAAUGUACGCCCAUGUGGGGACGGUGAAAUAGAAUCGAGAUAGGGAGCGAUAGAGGAUCAAGAUGGUGAAGGACAGCUGUUGAGUUGAAUCUUGUCGAUCAAUUUCAGUGUAGUGUAGCCCGCAGAUGCCAAUCACAAAGGGCACUAUGGCUCGAGCUUGUAGGGCGCCAUAAAGCCUGGUGGUGAUGGCUGUGUGCUUCCAAUAUUUCCAAGUGCUUGGCAGGAUUUUCAGUGAGAGCUGCUUUCUUUGGUUCUCCUCGGGGCCAUGGCUUAAAAGAAGAGUUGUAGAAGUUCGAAGCUCAGAGCUGCCAGAGCUCCUAAAAGGAGGCACUGACAGCGUUGAGAGAACUCCUAAGCUGAAGGGCUACUGGGGCAUUUGGAAGGAGGCUGAGGGUUUUGUUCUUCACCUGAAGUUGGGCAGACAGGAGAUCAAUGGCCUUUUCCAAAGUCGCGAGGAGGCUGAGGCCUACCAAGCCUCUAUGCUCAAGAAGCAUUUAGAUUGGCCUAGAGCUCCUCUUACUGAAAAGGUGGAGCGCAGCGAGCUUUUUGAUCACGCUGAGGAAUUUGAGGAAAUGAAAGAAUAUGUGUUUCGGGAUACAGCUCCUGGGCCAAGUAUUUUGAGGCCUGGUUUUCUACAGCCAGAUCAGCUGGAACAGUUUGAUGAAGAGGGUUUUCUUCUUCGGCUUCCAGUCUUAAACGAAGAAGAGCUGCCUCCAGUUAAAGAGGCCUUUGAGCGUCUCCUAGCAAAUCGAGUUGACAAGAUCACCUGUGAAACACUACGCUUUCGUGCAGCACAUACCAUGCCCCGACCUUUACACCAAGAGCUGGUUUUCCUACUCAUGGAAAAUGAAAAUAUCCUUCAUGUUGUCGAGGACAUUUUGGGCCCACGCUAUGUUUGUUGGAGCGCUCACCUUUUCUGCAAGCUUCCUGGUGAUCCUACGGUGCAACCCUUUCACCAGGAUGCUGGUUUUUGGCCCCUAUCACAGUCACGGGCCCUCACAGUUUGGGUGGCUCUCGAUGAUGUGGAUGAAGGCAACGCGGGUCUCGUGUACAUUCGGGGCAGCCAUCGCUGUGGACGACUGGGUUGGCGACGCACAGCUGCAUCCCACUUUCUCCUCCCUCAGGAGAUUCCAGAUGCCGAUUGCAUUGGAGAGCCCGUGGUUGCCACCCUCCGAGCAGGGGAAGCUUCAGUCCACAGUGAUCUCACCAUGCACCACUCCCCGGCCAAUAGCAGCUCGAGGCGCCGUGCCGGGAUUGCGUUGCGCUUCGUGCAGGCAGAUGCACGCUGUUUGGGGCCUAUGCUCAAUGGCUAUGAAAUGAAUAACGGAUGCAUCCUUCCAAGAGGGCGCCCGCUUAGUGGUGCCGAACAUUGGAAAGCUGCCAGACGGAAGCGCCCAAAGCCAGGUGCAGCUCCAUGAGUGGGGAAGUGAAGCAGUAAAAUCGUGAGUUUGGGCUUCAGUCUUUGUAUGUCUUUAAUCCUAAUCCUCGAUGGAGUUUACAUGCUGGUGCUCUUGGGGCUGCAUUGUGACGGA